GGCUGGCUGAAGCGAUCGUCUUGUACGUCGCAACGCUACCUCUAAGUCCACCUGUGCGCUUUCGUAUCCAGUUGUGAGCACUGCUGGGACCGCUCGACGCUGUCAACGCGCCCCCGCUGCGCCUACUGCACUGCAAGCACUCCGCUGCACACACGGCAACAACCAGGGCCCCGUGGCCGCGCAUCUAGCCAAGGAUGCUCGAGAUCGUUGAGGACCAGAUUGCCGAGCUCAAGAAGCUAUGGAAGAACAAGCGGCUCCUGCUGCACCAGGGCCUCAACCUCGCGAUGAUCGUCUUUUCGGCCUUGAUGAUCUGGAAGGGCCUCAUGUUCCUGACGAAGAGUGAAUCGCCCGUCGUCGUGGUGCUCAGCGGCAGCAUGGAGCCGGCGUUUCAGCGCGGCGACAUCUUGUUCCUUAACAACCAAGCGAACCCGAUCCGGGUGGGCGGCAGCGCAUAUAAUCAAAUUGUUGCGCUGCUUUUACUCAUGGCCUUCACGCCAUCGACGCGACGCCCGUUCUCACUGAUUGAUUUGCGCGCAGGUGGGCGAGGUCGUCGUCUUCAAGAUUAAGGACCGCGAUAUUCCUAUCGUGCAUCGCGUGAUGAAGGUCCACGAGAAGGCGUCGGGCGCGGUCGAGCUCCUCACGAAAGGAGACAAUAAUCGCGUCGACGACCGAGGCCUCUACGCGCCCGGGCAGCUGUGGCUCGAACGAGACGAUGUAUUAGGGCGAGCCGUCGGCACCAGUGCACGAAUCAUGAGCUGAACGCCAUCGAUGCGACGCCCAGGGAUCGACUGCAUCACACUCAUUGGUUGAUUUGCGCACAGGUCGGCACUUUACGCUACGUCGGGAUGGUCACCAUCAUUCUAAACGACUACCCGGCGCUCAAGUACGUGCUCGUGUCGAUCAUGGGCUUGUUUGUGUUGACAAACAAGGAGGAGGCGUAAGUUGAAAAUAAUCCACGGG